AUGAUUAUCCCUGUGAGAUGCUUCACCUGUGGAAAAGUUAUCGGAAAUAAAUGGGAAACCUAUCUCAGUUUGUUGCAAGCAGAUUUCUCGGAAGGUGACGCUCUCGAUGAAUUGGGACUUAAACGAUACUGUUGCCGACGCAUGAUGCUCACGCACGUCGAUCUAAUCGAAAAGUUGCUGAACUACAAUACUGAAAGUGCUGCUGAGGUGGAGGCAUAA